CGCGUUUACAACAUGGAUCCGUCAGCGGAGGCAGCGAAUGUGUUCACCCUCGAAAGUGGUGCCGUUAAAAUGCAGGAGCGACUCCAGAAGCGGCACCAGGCGAGGAUAGAAGAUGCCGAGCGGAGGAAAGAAGCGAAUGAGAGCCGCGCCGUGUCCGAGGAGAACAAGUACUUUUUUAGCACUUUCUACAGCGAGCUGGCGUCCAUCGAGGAGCUGCUGUCCGGCUGCUCCGGGGCGGACCGGACCACCGUGACCCAGAACCUGGAGGAGGCCACGACCAGAACCGCGCAGCUGCAGAAGUUCCUGAACGAUAAUUUACUGUUUUUAAACCCGUACGACCUGAAGAAGGCUCAGGCGGCUCUGCAGAAACUGCAAGCCUCCCUCACGGCGAGCAGAGAGGAGUUCCUGCCCAAGAAGAAGUUCGCCUUCAGAACUCGAACCAAAGCAGCGGAUAAGGUCCCCGUUCAGGCUGAAGACGCAGCUCCAUCCCCCGCAGAGGCAGGCAGCACGGAGGUAGACAGAGCUGCAGCGGCGUCUGCACAGUGUGGCUUCUCCAACAUCAGCAAUGACUGUGUCACCAAGACAGCAGAGGAGAUCCAGAAACAAGACGUCCUGCUGACUCAUCUGACUAACUGCAAGGUCCGCCUGUUCGGCUCCCCCAGCACCCUCCACCUCAAGCACAUCGACGGCUGUGAGAUCCUCUGUGGCCCGGUGUCCAGUUCGGUCUUCAUCGAUCAGUGCAGGAACAGCACCCUGGCUUUCCCCUGUCAGCAGCUGCGGACCCACAACACCACGGACACGCAGGUGUACCUGCACGUCACCAGCCGGGCCAUCAUCGAGGACUGCCACGGAGUGGGCUUCGCCCCCUUCACCUGGUCCUACCCCACCCUGGAGGAGGACUUCGCCGUGUCUGGGCUGGACAGGCAGAGGAAUAACUGGAGCCAGGUGGAUGACUUCAACUGGCUCGCUGCAGGAGUGCCGUCGCCAAAUUGGACUGUCAUCCCAGAUGAAGACAGAAGGAAGAACUGGGACACUUAGGGACACCCUGAUAGUUUAACUGAGACGUAAAUCAAAGCGUCAGAUCAACAGUAUUUAAUCUGGAUGCACACCAAUAUCGCCAUCGACGUUAACGACUGAAGUUGCACAAAUGUAUUGGA